AUGGCGUCGGUGGGGAGAUUGAUGCGCGCUAUUCGGGUCCAGGAAUUCGGGAAGCCAGAAGUACUAAAACUCCUAACAGAUGUCGCUGUACCUUCACCGGGCGAGGACCAGAUUCUAAUACGAGUUCAUGCCUGUGGUAUAAAUCCAGUGGAGACUUAUAUCAGGGCUGGUACUUAUGCUCGGAAGCCAAAUCUGCCGUACACCCCAGGCUCAGACGUUUCUGGGAUAGUGGAAGAAGUAGGAACAAGUGUACGAUUAUUUAAGAAAGGUGAUCGUGUGUUUACCAGGUCAACCAUUACAGGGGGUUACGCGGAGUACACACUGGCCUAUGAAUAUACUGUUUACCAACUUCCGGAAAACCUCAGUUUUAAGCAAGGAGCCGCCAUAUCUGUCCCCUACUUCACCGCCUACAGAGCGCUCUUCCAGAAAGCACAUGGCAGACCUGGAGAGCUGGUCUUGAUACAUGGUGCAAGUGGAGGGGUGGGGAUAGCUGCGUGCCAGAUUGCCAGGGCCUACGGGUUCCGGGUAUUUGGGACAGCCGGAAGCCCUGAGGGGUUAAAUUUGGUCCUACAGAAUGGUGCUCACCAAGCCUUCAACCACAGAGACGAGGAUUAUAUAGAGAAGAUCCAGGAAGCAGCUGGAGGAGAAGGAAUUAAUGUCAUACUAGAAAUGCUCUCUAAUGUAAACCUGAAUAAUGACCUGAAAGUUCUGUCCAUUGGAGGCAGAGUCAUUAUCAUUGGCUGCAGAGGACCAAUUGAAAUAAACCCCAGAGACACCAUGGCCAAGGAGUCCAGCAUCAUCGGAGUGUCACUCUUCAGCUCCACUAAGGAAGACUGGAAGGAGGCUGCUGCAGCACUCUGUGGAGGAAUGGAGGCCGGCUGGGUGAAGCCACUCAUCAGGCCUGAAUACCCCCUGGAGAAAGCCCCCCAAGCUCAUGAAGACAUCAUGCAGAGCAGCGGAGCCACCGGAAAGAUGGUGUUUGUCAUCUAA